UGCUGUCACCUCAGCUAUACAGUUAACUAGAAAACUUAUAUCAGCUCUGGAAACUAUAGAGAAAUUACCGGUGUAUUCUUAUGACUUGCCUGGAUCAGGCUAUGGAUUACAGGUAAUAACUUAAUUACUUAACUGCAAAUAUGUUUUUAGUUACUCAUACAAGAUAACACCAUCAAACUUUAAAAUAAAUUCAUAUAGAGUGCCGAAGCAGGAUCGUGGUGCCCCCCCCCCCCUUUUUUUUUUUCUUCCUCUCUCUUUUCCAUUCCCUUAAAAAAAUAAAAAUAUCGGUGCCAAAUAAACAAGAUAUUCCUUUUUCUUGUUAUAUGAUAUCAAAACACGAUUAAGAUUUCAGUUCAGCUUUACAUUUGGCUUUUUAAAAUUUAACUGUCAUAGUAAUAAAAACAAAAUUAUUCUUUUAGAUUCUGACAAGGAGAUUGCGAUUGCGCUUAGAAAAAGCUCCAGGGGAAAAUACCCUGAUUGACAGAACUGACAGGUGCUUGAAAAUGGAGCCUCUCACCACAGUUGCAGAUCUUGAACGUUAUUUAUUAAAGAUGGUAUAGUAUUUUUAAAUUCAGUUCUGUUACCUUGUCUUGAAAUCCUUGAGCUUAUACAAAAUAAUUCAAUUCAUUAACUCAUUCCCGACGGCAGUGCUACUUUCGUACUUAAUUAAUUUGCCUGAGAGAGGGAAGUAACUCCGUUUUGCAAUUGACUUAAAUUUGUAAAAUAUUUAUUUAGUCUCCUAAAUAUUAUUUACUGUUAAUGAAUUAAGAACAAAUGCAACAAAAAAUAGAUAAGAUUUUUAAAAAAAAAUAACAUUAGCAGGGGAAAAAAAUAACGAACAAUGAACAAAAAAUCGAUUUUCAGUACCUCGGACGAACACAUGCUACAUAUAGACGUGCCGUAUUAAAGCACACAUAGUUUGAAAGUGAAACAAGACAAAAACUUUGGGUUUUUAAAUUGAAAUCAAGCCAUCGCCGGAAGUGUCGAGGGAUGCGAAAUUUCAUUACUAUUUUUAAAUAGAAAUCAGAGAGCUGUGUGGCGAUGCGUCGGGACGCGGACGCAUUAGGGCGCAUCCAUCGAAACCCCCGAAAGAUGCAUUUACGGUCGCAACUGUGGGGAAUGAGUUAAUGAAGGUCAAGAUAUCUUAUCUUAAACAGCUGAUUUUCUCUUAAGUAAUUAAAGAAAACUACAAUUAUUACUAUUAUGAGUACAUUUACAUGAGUUUAAUUGUAGAUAACAAUUAUAUACUGUUCAGGAAAAUUCAUUAUUGCAAAAUGAUAGUUUUCUACAUCAACUUUCGAAAAUAAAUUUUAAAAAUAAAAAACAUAUUUUUGAAUAGAUAUAAAAUGCUGAUCAGCAUUGUAAAAAUAAUAAGUUCCUCAAUUGUAUUUUGGAUCAAUUUUAGGUUGCUAAACAGUGGUAUGACUUUGACCGUCAGACAUUUAAUUUUGUAAAAAAACUCAAAGAACCUGCAACUACAAUAACUUUCACACACCAAAAUGACUUUGAUGAAAAUGGUUUGCUCUAUUGGAUUGGUACAAAUGGGAAGUAAGUUAAUCUAAAUACUUAAAAGUUGUCUCAAAUUUUUGAAAAUCACAGGCGUAAGGUAUAUUUCUUAAAAUAGAAUUAAUUCAAUUAAUUUGAAAAAUCUAAUACAGCAUUUCGAGAAUGCGCCUGUCAUUGUAAUCAAAACUGUAUCUAUAGUUGUUCAUGCAUUAAAGUUUUAGUUCAGUUUGGGUCCCAAUUCAUAGUUAAAAAAUUAAUUUGUAUUUUAUUUUUGUAGGACAUCCUAUGAGUGGGUAAAUCCUGGUCAGUAUGGCCUGGUUGUAGUAACAUCAUCUGAAGGCAGAAGUUUACCAUAUGGAAAAUUAGAGGACAUCCUCAGCAGAGACAGUGCUGCUCUCAACUGUCACACAAAUGAUGAUAAGUAUGUUUUUUAUAUCUUUAUUUACUUAGUUUCAAAGUUUGUCUUGCUGUCAACUAUUUGAGAACUGUGCUGUAAGAUAAUCUAUAAUACAAUUGCUCAUUUAAUAUGUGUUUUUUUUCUUUGAAGGAAAGCAUGGUUUGCAAUAGACCUAGGAGUAUGGUUGAUCCCCACAUGCUACACUCUCAGACAUGCUAGAGGAUAUGGAAAGUAUGUACCUCAGUUUAUGUUUUCAAAAAAACAUUUUUUAUGUUCAACUUAAAAGAUUUUAGACAAAAGUAAGUUUUGUUAUUGAUUUAUUUAUAUUUUUCACAAAAGGAAGUAGAGUGUUUCAUUACCCCAAUAGUUAAAUUAUUAUUUGUCUUUUAGGUCAGCAUUACGUAACUGGGAAUUUCAGAUGUCUAAAGAUGGUGUAACUUGGCAAACUUUAUACAAACAUGAGGGUGAUUCAUCUCUUAAUGAACCAGGGUAAGAAAUAUUGAUCAGUACUUCAUUAUAAAAGUCUAUCAUAAUACAUUCAUAAUAAAUUUGAUCCUAACAAUACAUUGUAACUAUUACUACUUUGUAGUUAUUGGCUCUAAAUCCUUGACCAGUAUAUAUUUUAAAAUAAUGAUUUUCUUCUUUAAGUAGCUCAUUAGAUUUUGGAUGUUACUCAUUAUAUGAAUUAAACAAAGGGUAGUUAGGUAUUGUAUAGAUCAUACAUAACAUUUUCAAUUUUUAAAAUAUCUCUAUAUUUAAAUAGUGCAUUGUUAGUCCCAAAGUGUUCAUUUUGCCUAGAUUCUAUUAGUAAUAUGUAGGAUAAAUUUUAAGGUCACCCAGUGCUUGGAUAAAUAUUGGUGAAAUCUUCACUGUUGUCCUAUUGAUUAUUUGCAAGAAAAAAUAAAUAACUUGAGUAGCUUUAAAUUAAAUUUUUUUUUUUUUUUUAGAUCAACAGCUUCUUGGCCAAUAGAAGCUCCUGGAGAUGACAAACAAGGAUGGAGACAUGUGCGACUACACCAGACUGGCAAAAAUGCUAGUGGACAGACCCAUUAUGUCUCCUUGUCUGGCUUUGAGAUAUACGGCACUGUUACAGGAGUAUGUGAUGAUAUUGGUAAGUUUAAACCAAUAAAACAAGUGAUGUAAGAGGUGAUAUAAAAUUAGUAAUUACUUCGAUGUUGAAAGAAAUUUAGAAAGAAAUAUUGAUUAUUGAUUGUUACGUUGUAUUUUUUUUAUACACAAUUUAUUUGAAUAUUUCCUUAGGUGUUUCGAUGAAUAAAAUUGGAUAAGUUAGAUCAAAAGAACAAAAUACUUUAAUUAAAGAGAGUUAGACUACACACCUUUUUCUCUCAUAUGUGGGUACCACAUAUUGCUAUAAUAUUAAAAUUUUAUGUUUCACCUGAGACAAAGUGAUUACUGAUAUGACACCAACAGGUAAAGCUGCAAGAGAAGCUGAGGCUAAUCUGCGACGCCAGAGACGAGUAUUGCGAACUCAUGUUUUGAAACAGAUGAUGCCAGGUGCCAGAGUUAUCAGAGGAAUGGACUGGAAAUGGAGAGACCAAGAUGGCAAUCCUCCAGGUGAAGGAACAGUGACUGGUGACUUGCACAAUGGUAACAUAAUAUAUAAUAUUGUCUAAAUCGCGGGUGGGCAAACCUUUUACUCAAUGAAGCCACAAGCUUAGCAAAACGAAAAGUGAAAUUUGACAGAACAAAAGUGGGCAUCCACUGGCACAUGUGCCAAACACAGCAAACACAUGACUUUUUCCGACACGCGUAGGGCGGCUGUUAAAAAUAAUUGUUUAAAAAAUGACGUCUUCGUAGAUCUGUAUAUUUCAUAAAACACAAUUUUAUUAAUUAGGAAUUUAUACAAACAUAGAAUAAACUUGCACUGACAACUGUUUAAGUAAUAAGCACUGAUGAAAUGAAACAAACUUUCAAGGAGCUUACUUUAAAAGAAUGUACAAAUUUUGACUUAAUAAUCAGUUUUUAUUCAAACCAUAUUUUAAUUAAUGUAAAGUUUGACAAAAUCAAUGUUAUCAGAAAUAUUUUCAGUGUUCCAGAAAUUUAUGAAUUAAAUCAGAUAAAUUUGUCAAAGUCGUUGCUUCUUGCACACUUAAUUGUAAAAAUUUUAUGUUUAUUGCAAAACCUGUAAAAUUCCUAUUUGCUACAUGUGGCCACUUGCAACAGUGUUGACCACCAUUUCUAAUGACCAGUGAUGUGUUUAUGGACUAAUUAUUACAAUUGUUAGAAGUUUAUUGGUGAGUUAAUCUCAUAAUAUUGCAUGACUCAGGUUGGGUGGAUGUUUCUUGGGAUGCUGGUGGCUCCAAUUCUUACCGCAUGGGAGCUGAAGGAAAAUUUGAUCUAGCUUUGGGCCCAUCUCAUGAUCCAGACAAGUUAAGAUUUGCUAAACCAGAAGUUUUGUCCACACCACCUUCAAGCAGAAAUAAAAAUAGCAUGCUGGGUUUGUCAGGCACAUCUGAGAAAGUUAAAGUGAGUUGAAAAAUGUGUUUUACGUUUUCACUUUAAUGAACAAGCUGCUUAUCCUCUUAACCCGAACCUGAAUAACAAUAUUACACUAUUGAAGACAUAUUUAGUAUCUACUUUAUUUCAUGCAUUUAAUAACUUCAAUUAUUCUAUAUAUAUUAUCUCAACAGAAGGCUUUUAGCAGAACAUUUUGAUAUUUGUUUGGGAAUAAAUCAGUAUGCCCUUAAACUGCACCCUUAUACUUUGUGUGUUUUUUUACUAAAUGAAAUGAGACGUGGAAAAAAAACAAAAACUUUUUUAGUAUUUGUUUCUUAAAAAAAAAAAAAGCUUCUGGAUUAAAAAUAAGGCAAAAACAAUUUUUUAAAGAAAAACAUAUUUAAAUCAGUAUGCCCUUAAACUGCACCCUUAUACUUUGUGUGUUUUUUUACUAAAUGAAAUGAGACGUGGAAAAAAAACAAAAACUUUUUUAGUAUUUGUUUCUUAAAAAAAAAAAAAAAGCUUCUGGAUUAAAAAUAAGGCAAAAACAAUUUUUUAAAGAAAAACAUAUUUGCUUCUCAGGUGGGUGUCUUGACAAGCCGUAAGAGCAGCUCCACUCCUAGUCUAAGUGACGUGAUGGAUUCAAAAGCAUCAGUUGCCAGCACCGAACAAGCUUCAUCAGCAGAAAAUCUCACUUCUAGUAUUAAAGCAGUGAGUGCUUUAAAAUUUUCAUAUUUAACCAGCAUUGAGGCUCUACCUGAGAAUAACAUAUAAAACCAAAAUAUUUCAAUUAUGUUUUGUUUGAUUGUUGUAGUUCACAAUAAAAUGUUUAAAAUAAUUCGGACUAGAAUAAUGCUCGUGAAAGAGUGUUACAUCACUAGAUAUGUUAAUUCAUUUUGUAAGGUAUUUAAAAAAGAAUAGGAACAUAGAAAAAUAGAAAAAUAACUAAACUAAAAAUCUAUUUUAUUAAAACUCAGGCAGCUGAGAAUGUUGCUGAAAGCAUGGUUAACCUUGCAAGCUCAGAAGCCAUUGUGAUGGUUACUGUAGAUAAUGCUGAUGAUGAAGCAAGCACACAAAGUGGCACGACCCUGGCCUUGAGUGGUAGUGUCCUUGGAGCUGUUGGUGCUGGCCCUAGUGGUAUUAGCUUGAGUAGAGCUGGUCCUAGCGGUCUGACUGCCACCAUUAAUAGCAACAUGACUACUACAGAGCCAAUGGUUGUUGUGCAUAGAGGUAAUGAUGACAGCCUUGGAGACUAUGGAGUCUUAGAUCUGGCUUCAGAUCUUGCUUUGGGUUUGGAUGUUGGAUCCUUAUCAGAAACUCUUCGAGGUGCAGAGGGUGGUGUUAAAGUGAGUAAAAUUUAAAACACGUUGCAAACUUUAAAAAUAAAAAUAAGAUAAAAGCAUUUGUUUUUGACAAAUAUUUCUUCUUAUAUCAUCAUCAAAGUACUAUUAAUGGAUACUAGUUAAACCAGACCUGCCAACCCUUCCGAUUUUCUCAGAAUCAUACAGAUUUUUUACCCCUCAUUCCGACAAACCCCAUAAAAUUCUGAUUUUCCGAAAAUUACAUGAUAAUUUUUCACCCGUCAUAAAAAUCCGAAAGCGAAAAAAAAAAAAGAAAAAAGAAAAAUGGGUCCGACAGAAAGUCGUGCAUUUCGAUACUGCCACUUCCUUUGUUUUGAUCGAAGCGAACCGCAAAUUCCAUUCUUCAUUCAUGACUCAUCCUUAGUUUUACUAGGCUUACAGUGGUGUUGUGACCUUUUUUUUUUUUUUGCUUUAAGCUUUACUUUUCUUAUUAAAUGGAUAAAUUUGUAAAGAGAACUGCUGAAAAAGCUUUUCCAGUGACCGAGGUUGAUAGUGAUUAGUGCUCCUAACAAAAAUAAAAAAAAACGGCAUAUUUAAUGUUUUCGAACGGAGUAUUAGGAAAAACACUCAUUUAUUCGGCCUUCACCCCGUGGCGAAACAUUUGCAUUCUGCAAUCUGUGCCAGACCCACUUAUCUAUUGAAAGUGGGGGGUACAAUGACAUUAAUAAACAUCCACACAGCUGAAAUAAUUUUUUCCAUUGUCCAUCAUUGUGAAGAAAAAUUACAAUGAAGCUGUUGGACAAUUGCAAAAGAGCCACUAGGGAUAUGCUGGAAAACUGAACUCUUAGUAAGCAGCCUGUGUACAUAUGUAAAUAAAAUGGAUCUUCUGUCCUAUAUAUCUGUAUAUAAAAUUUUCCAGUAAUGUUUGUCUCAUGCUCUGUGGACUCUUCAAAGACAAUGGAGGUAACUUUAUAUUUCUUUAUUUACUAAAUAAAAGGCUUGUGCAUUAGUUGACAGAUCUUAAACCAAUGCACCCCCCAGCCCCGGUCGGCGUGCCCUGGGGGGCAGUGCCCCCCUUUCCCCCCACAUGCACCGCCCCUACAGAUUUUUUUUCUCGGCAGGUUGGCAGGUCUGUUAAACCAUAAUUAGAAUUUCAAACAGAAGUGCAAGAAUGUUCAAGUACAGAUUGUAAAAAAACAUAUUUUUAUCACACUUAAAACUUUUCAAUGUGAACAUUUCCAAUAAUAACUUGGUAUCUCUCUCACCAGGAACAUGUACAAAAUUUACAAAACACAAGAGAUUCACGUGAUAAAGCUGCCAAAAGUGAUGCAAGGAAAGUUGGUGGGUCAGAGGACACUACUCGUGGUUCACCUACUAAUUCAAUGAGUGCAAGUGAACCUAACCUCCCAACUAGCCUAGACCCCACUGCCAGCCUGUUGGAUUCGUUUGCUGCAAGAAGGAACAUAAGCACACCACAUGGAAGUAACAUAGUACGCAACACUCACGCUAAUAGUUUGGUCAGGUUGGCCUUGGCCAAUUCACCAAGUAAGAUUAAUGAAUAUAUUUUUGUGUGUGUAUUCUAUUGAUAAUUUAAAUUUGAUUUUCAUCUAUGUUUAGUUAGUUAUCUAUUUGAAAGUUUUUUAUUAUUACCUUAAAUAUUUUUGUUAGAUAAGUUGUCAGGCAAAUAUAAAUUAGAAAGAAGCAUGAUAAUUGAGAAAGAAUUAUAAAUUCAACUUGUAAAUGGAAAUUAUUAUCUAUUUCAGACAAUCUUCUUAGUGCUGCUCAAAGCUACCCUAGUCUCACAGCCUCUAAUGUGCCUACUUCUAGUACUCUUACAACUACACAGACCAUGGCUAAUGUAAUGUCUUUGAGCCAGGUGACACAUUGUAUUAGAUUUUAAACCACUCUUUUUGUAAUAUUCAGGCAAAUGUAAAACAUAUGUUUCAAGUUUUUAAAUUGAAAUAUUAUUUAAAGAUUAUAGUAAUAUAGAUCUGAUCUUAAUGUUAAUUUAAUAUUAGCUAAUGUCAUUUAUUAAUAAUUUAAUUUAUUACACAUUUUCUUUGCACUUUUGUAUUUUGAUAUACUCUAACUUACAAAGUUGCAAAGAAACUUCAUCGGCUUAUCCAAGGACAUGGGUCAUGCCCCACUGAUUUUUAGCGAAUUAAAUUUUCCCUCCAGGCAUUGACCAGAAGUGUUACCUCAACGUCAAGUGAAAGUGACAACGAAUUUUUAGAGACUUACAGAGCUCAUACACUUCUGGCUGAGCUAGAAGAUGAUGAAGAGUUGCCAGAGCCUGAUGAUGAUGAUGAUGAGAAUGAAGAUGAAAAUGAAGAUGAUGAAGACUAUGAUGAUGUUAUGGUUUGUUUUUUUAUUUUUUUAAAUUUUCUUUUUCAACAAGUAUUUACAACUAUAAAUUUUUUUCCUACAUUUUAAUCUCAUAAAAAAAAAUUUUCCGAUUUGUUUACUGAUUUAUUUAUAUUUUUUAAUUGCAUAUCUUGAGGGAUCUAUUUUGAUAUGUUAAUAUAUUUGACAUCAAUUUAUCAAACAGGAAGAUGAAGAGAUGGAGCCAAGGGACAGAAGAACAUGGGAUGAUGAGUUUGUUCUGAAACGUCAGUUCUCUGCUCUUAUCCCAGCCUUUGAUCCCAGACCAGGACGCACUAAUGUUAACCAGACUCAGGAUUUUGACAUUCCUCCUCCAGGCAAGAUUGAAACUAAGCUUGCACCAAUUAAAAGGCAGAUAAUCUGUAUAACUGGCAAUCUUAACAAUUGAUCAAUAUCCGCCUUUAUUUGACCUAAUCUCUUAUCGCCACCAUUCUUAUUUUAAAAGGAAUAUCCAUGCUAAUGUAAAAAAAAAAUAUGUACUAAAAUAAUUGGCAAUAGCUUACCCAGUGCAACCUUAAUUGAAAACUAAAUUUUUUUAAACAUCUACAUAAUACAAUGAAGAACUUAAUAAUCCAGUUUUAAUUAAUUAUCAAAAAUAAAAUUUAAGGAUUAAAAUUAGCAUUCAAGAUAAUGGGUGACAGUUAACUGUCAUGAAUUUUAUUUCUUUGGAAGUACAGUGAAACCCUUCCAUAUCUGGGGUGCAUAUAAAUAUUGAAGUUUGACUAGUUUUUGUGAAGUUUUGCUGGUUUUGCAGCAUCUAGUCUUUAUUUCAAAUACUAUGAAAAAAGUUAUGUACAAAUGAAUGUAUGAAAUUUACCAUUUAAAGGUUUUAUUUUUUUAUUUUUCUGAUUUUAGUUUUGUUAUUAUUUUAAAUUUAAAAACUACAUUUUGCUCUUAAUAGGAACAGAAGAAAAUACUACCAGUGAUAGUCAAACCUUUGUGGCACAGCCCAAACUGUGUUUGACAUUAAAGGCUCCAUGCCUUCCAGGGGUAAGUUCUUGUUUAAUACAUUUUCAUAUUGUCCUGCUACCAUGAGAUUAUGAAGAACAAAAUGUUGAAUAUUUUAUUUAGUUGCCUUUGGCAAUUCUGUUCCAUUUUAAAAACUAUAAUUCUAUUAUCAGAUGAGUGAUGAGGAAGUUGUUCUGAAUAGCAGCUCUGCAUGCAUCUUCAAGUUUGUUCAGGAGCUAUUGUCCAAGGGCUCAUCAGUGGGGCGUGCAGAAAGAAUGAAAAGGAUAUGGGAGCCUACAUACACGUAAGUCACAACAUACACCUCAAUCAAUAGAACUUCUGAUUUGUCACCUAUUCCCUGAAAAACACUAGGUUAUUCCCAAAAAAAGUCAGAUGAACAAAUAUAUCGGACACUUGUCAUAAAAUGUAAUCAUGUACAUUGAUUCUUUUAAAUUUAAAGUGAUAAAUCUUCCAAUACUUUGAACUUAUAACCAAUGAAAGAUAUGUAAUUGUGUAUUUUGAUGUAAAUGCUCUAAUUUUAGCAAGAUUUUAGCUCAUAAUGAUUGAGAAAGACCAUGUAGUAUUUACUUGCUGGUAAACUGUUAAUUAAAAGAAAAAUAAUAUAGAAUUUAUUUUGUAUUCAGAGUUCAGUACAGAGAAGCUAAAGAGGAAGAGGGAUCUGAAAAAGAGUGCGGCUCAACCACAAAGGCAAGUAACUAAAAAUAUAUACUGUAUUUCCGUCGUGUAAGAAGACUUUUUAACCAAUGAAAAUCUUUUCAAAAGUCGGGUGUCGUCUUAUACGUGCUGAAACUUCAGUGAUAGGCACCCUCUAGCUGAGCCACCGUGUGCUGCAUCCCGGCCAGCCCCUCCUUAUGCGCACAAACAUUGGGUAACUAUAUUCAUGUCUUUCAAGAAGUGUGACAUAUCAAAUUCAUUAGAUGGUAUGCAGACUUGUAGCAAGAUGAAGAGGGAGCCGAAGCUGUGACCACAGCAUCUUAUAUGGAAUUAGAUCCACACGAUUACUGCCUUACAAAUGUACUUAUGAUAUCGAUGACGAGCAGGAGGAUUUUGAAGGCUUUAAAAAGGAAACAGUCACGCCAGCGAAACCUGUAAAAAUAGCUUGUAGUUAUGAUGGGUGUUACUGAUACGCCAGGGACUUGCCCCGCACUUGCUCUCUCUCUAUUGUUUGUUAUCCACCUCCUAUCAUCAUCAGUUCCAGUUUGGUUGACAGCUUAGAAAACAAACAGCAUGGCAACUCCCAUGGGUUUAUUGUCUUAUCGUUUCUUUCAGCUUUAGAGUGAAUUAGGAAAAGUUUAAUUCACUUGCACUGUUUUAUGUUUACAUGUUUGAUGACAAACGGUCUUAUGUUUAUAAGUGACAGUUCUCCUGCUAAGUACCUGCAUGUCACAAACAUUUGAAUUCAAAUUACCAUAUUAAAAUCAAAUUGUUUUUUUUUUAAAAAUUUUAUUUGGUGUGUGUUGGAAGAGAGGUAGUCUUAUACCUGUGGUUCCAAGAAGCUGUAACAGGCACAACGACCACAACCCAGACAACGAUUCCAGGUUGAGGGUAGCCGAAAGACAGUUAGAACGCCAUGGUCAUUCACUGCAUGGGUGACUGGAUGGCCGAAUGGUCUAAACUGAGCAAACCUCAAUUCCAGCCAAAGGCCGGCCUAGCAAAAACAUCACCCCGGGUGGAUGAGACUCGUUAACCUUGGUCGGCAAACCCAGAGUUGGAGUCCCGUAAGGCGCAUACAAUGACAAUUCCUGCAACCGUACCCAUCCCUGGUCGUCUUGGCGUAGAGUCUUGCCACUGGAUAUGGUGGGCCCGGACGAGAGAGUGAGGUUGACGCCAGGCAUCUCUUCCUCACUUUAAACAAAAGUCACUAGCGCAAGUCAUCAGUCACCGGACAACUCGAUGGUCAUCGUCGAUCCUCGACGGACGAACAACAAAACAAACAAGUCUUAUACUACGGAGAGUAUAGCGCAAACCCUUUUAUUUGAACAGGAAAAGUAGGGGAUCAUCAUAUACGCCCAGUUGUCUUAUACACCAGAAAUUACGGUAUUGUUUUGGCUUUCUUUUGUUGCUAAAAAAAGAAACGGUAGUCACUUCAAUUACACAUAAUUGAUCUGAGGGUCAUUUUAACUUCUUUUUAUUUUAUUUUCAGUCACUAACAGGUGUUGCUUCUCUGGCUGACUUUGACUUGGCCAGAGGAUCUGAGAACUCUAGCUGCACUGUCGACCAUGUUUUACAGUUAUUGCAGAGGCUCUACUCUAUCAUGGAACAAUCAAAUCCCUCCACUAAAAAUGGUCAGAUAUUGAAUUAAAAAAAUACUUUAAACUUUUAGCUAGUUAUUCUUACUUCACAUUUUGAAUGCUGGUCAUUUUCAUCCAGCGAAAGAAAUAAAAAGGAGUAUAUGAAGUAUUAGUCAAUUCUUUAUUUUUUGCGAUAACUACAUUUGUUUUCUCAUUUCUCUUUGAUAUUUGUAAGAAUUUUCUCUGCAGUGUUAAUUUAGCCAUAUCCACCUGUUUCCAUAUUUUUAGAAUCGUAAAUUUGAAAUGCAUUAUUUUUUAAAGAUAAUUCCGGUUAUAAUAAUAUUACUAUAGACACAACCCAAUUUUUCAGUUAAAAAAUGGCUCAUAAAUCGGGUAUCAAAAAUAAAAAAAUAUUUGUUUGUAAGCAAUAAAAACUUAACCAUUUUAUGAUUUUUUUUUUUAUACCAAUGUGUCACAGAGAAAUGACCAGCUAUUUUAUAUCAAGAAAAGGCUACAACUGUUUUCAUAUUUUUAGAAUUGGAAAUUCAAAGCCCACCGAUAUGCACUUGUCAUAUUAAUUUUUUAAUUAUUAAAUUCUUUAAAUUUGUCCUCACAUAAACAUAGCCCAGAGCUUUUUAACAAAUGCAGGCUAGGCUAAAAAAAAAUCUACAUUGAUAAAAAAACAAGGUAUUUUAAAACCCUUUAUAAUUAUACGCAAGCAGGAAGAUAGGGACCCAGUUUCAACAAGAUGGCGACAGCCUUGGUAUGACUAGAUCCAAAGCUUUAGGAAAUUCAUCAAUAGUUUGCUACAGAUUUAACAAUCGUUAUAAUAUAUAUUUAUAUAUUUACUAAUCUAAAUAGUGAAUGAUUUAAAAAAACAACAAAUAUUUAUAACUUUUCAAAUUUACUUUGUUUAUUUUCCUUUAGAUUGUGAAGAAAUUCACCUUAACAUUCCUGCUGAUGAAUUUGUCAGCAAAAAAAUUACAAAUAAAGUCACUCAACAAAUUCAGGUAUGCAGAUGUUAACAGUUUUCAAUUAAGUAUCUCAAAUUUUUUCAAAGAUUCCUAUUUUAAUUUAUUUUGGGACUGUAAGUAUAAAAAGCAGAUUUUGAUAUAAAAUUUAUCUUAUAUUCUUAUAUUUACUUUCAAAAAGUGUUAAUUUCUAAUAUGAUGGCCUUUAAAAUAGAAUAAAAUUAUUUUUUUUAUUCAGGAUCCAUUGGUACUAGCGAGUGGAGCCUUGCCCGAAUGGUGUGAGCAUCUGACAAGAUGGUGUCCUAUGUUGUUCCCUUUUGAAACCAGACAAUUAUAUUUCUCAUGUACUGCCUUCGGAACCUCAAGGUACAUUUUAAAAAGCUUAUAUUUUUUUAUCCACAUUUUGCAUUUGAAUAUAAUUUGCUUUUAAUACAAAAAUUUAAAAACUUAAAUAAUUACUGCAGACUUUUCUCAACUUUCUCAGACAUUUCUUUAAUAUUAUAUUUAUUUUGGUCCAGUUUUAUUUCAGUUCCCUAAUACAUCAUUGGAGACCUUUUUUUUUCUCUAAAUUGUAUUGAUGAAACAGUUAUCUUUUAAUUUGUAAUAAAAUGAUAUAUUUAUAUGUUGUUAACAUCUAUUUUCAACUGAUUAAAUGUUCUCGAGUGCUUUGGGAACUAAUUCAUAUAAAACUAUUAAAUAACAGGUCUAUAGUUUGGUUGCAAAAUAAAAGAGAUGCCAACAUGGAGAGAAGCCGUGGUCCACUUCCAAGGAGAGAAGACAGUCAUGAAUAUAGAGUUGGCCGCCUGAAACACGAAAGAGUGGUGGUCCCUAGGAAUGAAAAUUUACUGGAUUGGGCCUUGCAAGUGAUGAAGUACCAUAGCACACGCAAAGCUGUGCUUGAGGUAAGAGUGUAUCUUUUGCAUAUGUUUACAUAUCAGUUAUUUUUGUAUUUAUUAUUAGUAGCAUUUAUUUUAUUAUAUAUAAUUCUUAAUUAUUAAGAGCAAAGCUACCUAUACCUCAGAAAAAUUUGAUUAAUCUUUCAGAUUGAGUUUAAGGGAGAAGAAGGCACUGGCUUAGGACCCACGCUAGAGUUUUAUGCCUUGGUAGCUGCAGAGCUGCAAAAGAAAUCCCAUGGUCUUUGGUUGUGUGACGAUGAUCAUGUUGAUCAUUUGGAGAGAGAGGUGACAAGAUAGAUCAAUAAUUAUUUCUUGUCGUUAUUUUUUUUAAUAUAAUCUAAGCAAAUGACAAUUAUAUUUUGACCUCAUGAUUUUGAAUAGAAAAAAUGUGCUUCAUUUUUCAUAGGUUGACAUUGGCCAUGGAUCUAAGCCUCCAGGCUACUAUGUCCAAAGAUCUGCAGGUCUUUUUCCAGCACCCUUUCCACAAGAUAGUCCAGAAUUAGAAAGGGUUGAAAAGAUAUUUCAUUUUAUGGGUGAGCGGAUUUAAUUUUUUUCAAUAGCCUGAUUAUAAACAAUUGCUGCAGAUCAGUUUCUACUUAUUAGGUAUUAUUUUCAAUCUAUGAAAUUCCAUAAAAAAUGGUUGAAGGAAAAUUAAAUUAUGAGUUAAUAUUAAAAUAGCUAAUGUAUACAGAAAUUAUAAUGUAUACAGAAAUUAUAAUGUAUACAGAAAUUAUGUUUAACAAUUUUUUAUUUAAAUUAAAUAAUGUAAAAUAAUAAUUUUUUUUCUGCAGGGAUUUUGCUGGCCAAGUGCCUCCAGGAUAACCGUCUAAUUGAUAUGCCCCUGUCACGUCCGUUCCUCAAGCUGAUGUGCAUGGGAGAAGUGGGCCACAGUUUAUCUCAACAGUUUGGAGACACAACCCGUACUCCCAGCACCCUUGGAGAGUCUUGGCACAGUGAAAGUUCGGAUCUGAUAGCCAGCAUAGAAGAGGUAGAAAAGGAAAUGAAGUUUGACAAUGAUCGACGUCAGCAGGUAUGUUUAUCUGAAAGAUGUAUGUCUUAUUGUGUUGCAUUUAUCUGGAACCUUAGAACUGAGAAAAUUAGCUUAUUGGAAACAUUGCAUAAAUUUUAAGUAUUGAAAAUUCACAAGUGCAAUAGUUAUUGCACACAAUAAGCAUAGUUUUUAAAGCUCUUAGAUUUAAGUUUGAAAUGUAUAAUAACAAGGCUAUGUGUGUUAUAAAUUUGUUAUCGGUAUUGUUGAUAACCGCCUUAUUCUAAAAGCAGCCAUCAAGGUAAUGUCAAUGUACUUGACAAUAUAGGCUCAGAAAAAAAUGUUUAAGCAACAUUAUAUUCAUUGUUCCAAGUCUCAAAAUCUGUAUUUUAAUAUACAGAAUAUAAUUAUAUCCUUUUUUUAAAAAAAAAAGUGAAAUUAUUUUGUCCAUUUCGCAGUUGAAACUGGUGCAUGCAUGGUACGCUGGUAUACUGUGUGAAGAAGACUUUGAACUAGUUAAUCCUCACAGAGCUUCAUUUCUACAACAACUGCGUGAUCUUGCUGCAAAAAAACAAAGGAUUCUCAAAGACAGAUCAUUGUCUGAUGAUCAAAAGAAUCUUCAGUUAGCUGAACUGGCCUUGUCAAACCCUGGAGAUUCCAGCUUAAUUAGACUUGAAGAUCUUGGGUAAGACUUUUGAUAUUUGAAACAUGUAGCCUUUUUUAAACUUCAAAGAAAUCUUUAAACAGGGAAAUUCUAAAAGAUUUUAUUUAAAUAAAAUUUUAUGCUAUUGCAGGUUUUGGGUUUUUCAGCUUUUGGGCAUCAUUUAUUAUAACAUAAUAUAUGAAGAGAGCUAAAAAUAUUAUGGUCUGUUUGUAAGAUUGCUUGUAACUCUAUUAUUUUUCAAUGUAAGACUGAAUAGAUGUCUAUUACACUUCUGGAGCAAACAAAAUUUUAAAUUUGUUAAUCAAGAUGUAGAUAGAAUCACAUGACUACUUGAUGAUUAAAAUAUGAUUAAAAAAUGUGGGGGCAAAAUAUUGAUUGUAUGAUCUUCAAAAUCUUUGAAUAAUUAUUUAAUUGUGAUAAAAACUAAGACACACCACUAGCUAGUGUUUACAUUACUUCCACCACUACAAGAUUACAUUAGUGCAAAACAAAAUUUGAAUCUUUCACUGAAGAGAAGACCUGGUUUCUAUUAAGAUUUUGGUGUACAAUGUAGGAUUUUACAAUGUCUGACAAUUUUAUGCAGAGACCUGUAAGAAUUACAAUUUUAAGAGACCAGGUUGAAAAAAUAUUUUCUGGUAGUUCUUAAAAUUUAAAGAAAUAUUUUCUGUUGUUAGUUUUAACCACAUUAUAUAAUCGGCGGUGACUGCACCAAGAAAUACAAUUGGUUGGGGACCAUCCACAGUUGUAUUUACAUACACUGAGGGGGGAGGGAGUACAUUCAUAAUCGAUGGAUGGACCCACAUGAUACCUAUUUAGAAGUUUAAAUCUAGUGACUCUUUGCUCUUUAUAAUUGUUGUUAUACUUCCUGGCAUUUCACACUGGGGGAGGGUGGGUGUGGAAAAAAAAUUGGUAUUUUGUGCAAUAUCCUUUAUGGACAACCCCCAAAGUGAAAUGUAUCUUUUGAAUUUUACAGCUUGACAUUUGAGUUUGAUCCUUCAUCUCGGGUGCACAAGUUCCAUGCCCAUCAUCUGAAACCAGGAGCAGGACUUGAAGAAGUUAACAUGGACAAUGUUGAGGAGUACAUAGAUUUGGUCAUGGACUUCUGCUUUGUGUCUGGCAUCAGGAGACAGAUGGAGGCUUUUAGAGGUCAGUGAACUUUUUCUUUUUUUUUUUGGGUAGUUUAACAUCUUAAAUUGUUUAAUCACUUCUUAAAUUAAAAAAUGUACCAAUUUUUUAUUUAUUUACAUUAAUAAUACUGGUGCAUUUUUACAAAAAGCAAUUUCAAUCACUUUUUAUUUUUAUUAGCUGGAUUCAACUUGGUGUUCCCAAUGGCUAAACUUCAUUCAUUUAGUCCCAUGGAGCUAGGGAGUAUUCUUUGUGGAGACCAAGCUCCAUGUUGGACUCAGGAAGACAUCCUCAACUAUACUGAGCCCAAGCUAGGUUAUACAAGAGAAAGGUAUAGUGAAGAACUUUUAUCAUAGUCAUUUAAAAAAUUUGUGAAAAUUGUCAAACACAAUUUUAUAAUUUUUAAGUAAUGAACAUUGAUGAUUAUUUUUCAAAGAAAUAAUAAAAUUUUGUUUGCUUAUACAUCUAAGCCCCGGCUUUGUGAGAUUUGUCAAUGUGUUGACACACCUGUCACCCGAUGAACGUAAAGCUUUCCUUCAGUUCACCACGGGAUGCUCAUCAUUACCACCAGGUGGCUUGGCUAACUUACAUCCUAGACUAACGGUGGUCAGAAAGGUAGCUAAUUUCAUAAAUUAAAUAAUUUUGAUUUGAAUUAAAAAAAACAUCAGAUUUUGGACUCUAUUGAAAAAAUUGAUUCAUUCUAUUGUUAAAUUGUUUGUUUAAAAAGUUUUUAAAACAUUGAUUAUGUUCUUGCUAUGAGUUGCUUUGAGUUUGGGUGUCUCUUUAAACAAAAUGUUUUUGUUGUGUAUUUAUAUUUAAAAUGGACUAAAUUUGGUUUUAUGUUCCUCACAGGUUGAUGGUAGUGAUGGUAGUUUUCCUUCUGUGAAUACAUGUGUGCAUUACCUGAAGCUUCCAGAGUACUCAUCAGAGGACAUACUGCGAGAGCGCCUGCUAGCUGCCACAAGGGAAAAAGGUUUCCACCUAAACUAGGACCGACUGAAGAUUAUGGAUUUUUUUGUUGUACCUCGCUGAGUGUCAUUACCCCAAAUGUUUAAGAUAUUUGAAUUUUUUUUUAAUUCUAAAAAAAUAUUUAAAAAUGACAGGGAGAAAGAAAAUUUAGAACUCGACUGGUAACUUUAUAGACAUAUGAAUAAAGUACUAUUGGUUCUGUAGUGUGCAAUGUUUGUAUCAUACCAUCUGUCAUUUGAUCAGGAUUCUGGUUGGUUUUAAGUGAUAUAUUAUCUGUGGUAGCUGUGUUUUCUCAGUGUAGGGCAUUUCUGAGUAGCUUUAAUCGUGGCAUGAAAAUUGAGAUUGGCAUUGUUUACUGGCAUUAAAGUUUAGAGUCAGUUCUGUGCCUUUUCUUUUUUAUAAAGGCUGUUUUCUGGUCCAUUAUAUUUAAACUAAUCAGAGGAGUUUCAAUAUUUUUGAAAAACCACCUUUCCUUGUGGUAGUGAGAAUACUGUGUUGGAGUUGAUUUUCUGUUGCAUGAAAGAAAACCAGUAUAUUAAAAUAGAUGCAGUUGUGAUUUCCGUUAUUUUUUUCCCUAUUGUCUUAUUUGUUGUUUGAAAUUUAAAUUGCCAGUGUAUAAAUAUAAAACCAGUUUUUUAAACUUGAGUUUCACAACCUUGCUGCUCAGUAGAGGCCAAAGGUAAAAAAAAUGUGAAGCUAUGGAAUAAAAUUUGAUGUCUAGAUAUCCCAACACUUGUACAUAAAAAUUCUGUGUUUAUAUAAUAUAUCAGUAGUUGACUGUAAAUCUAGGAUAAAGAUAAUUCAGUAGAUGUACCUUUGUUUUAAAUCUGAAAAAAUGCACGAGUGGUUAAGUAACAUAGUGGUCCAGUCACAUGGCAAACAAUUUUUUUAUAGGAAAAAAAUGUGUAAUUAAAUUUCCUGUGAUUAUAAAAUAAAUGGCUAUGGUAAACCUUUCAUGAGCUGUGUGUACGUUACAUAUUUUAGUUCUAGUAAUUAGUUUUACAGUUUGAUCCUAUGCCUUUGUACUAUAUCAGUAUUUCCUUGAGGCUGUCUUCGGUGUGUUCCUUGUGUUGGUACUCAAUGUUUGAAAGAUUGUCCUUGUUUCUUGUGUUUCUCCUAUCACAGAUAAGCAGCUUCUCAUUAAAAUUGAGUUACAAAAUAUUUCUUCCAUCUACAAAUAGCAUUGUAUUAAGAAAAAAAUCCCCCACUUAUGUUAAGGAAUUUUCUGAGAACUUGGAUAGAACUGGCCUCUUUUUUUUACCACCAUGCUUUUUUAAAUCUUACAUUAAAUAAAAUAAUACUCUAAACUAUAAAUCCUGGAUCGCUAUAUCCAUAUAUUUUAUAAAUGAAUUUGUCAUGAUAACAAACGUAAAUAGAUUAAUGAUUUAAAACUAACUCUAUACUAUUAUGAUUAAAAUUAUUUUAUACAAUUGACAUUCAAGUCAAAUCAAUAAUUGUAUAGCUGUUGUAUUUCUAAAAUCUUAUCUUAUUUUCUAAGCUUAGGGUUUAGUUUAAUUAUAUCUAUGAUAAAAAUGUUAGCCCGUGUUUCCAUGAAAUGCAAUUUUUAACGUUCCUCUCAUUAAUCAUUCGUUUUUAAGACACCUUGUUGUGAGUGACGUACAUGUACUUGUAUCUAUGAAGAAGCCAUUCAAUGUGCGUCUAACUGGGACUGCUAUAAGUGUUUUUAGAAUACUCAGUGAAUCUACUGCCAUAUGAAAAACAAUUUCCUAAGUGUUGGUGUUUUUGUUUUUUUAAUUUUAUUUCAACCAUUCAUGCCUUUUGCUUUUAUUUCAUAUCUAAAAAAAAUGGUGUCUUUUUGCUUUGUUUCAAGGAAGAGGAAGGAUGUGAGGAAUUUGUGUUUUUUUUCCUCCUUUGAUUAUAAAGGUAUUCUUUUCUCACUAUUUGAACUCUUCUUGUCACCAUCUUGUUGAGUAAAAGAAGUACUCUAGUGGUACAUGUGUCAUCUUGUAAUGUCAAAGCAAAUUAAAAGAAACAGCAUAAAAAUAAAAAAAGUGAAAAAUAAAAAAAAUAUUUUAAG